CCACAAAUCACUGCGAUCUUGAAUUUUGAAGAGCUCGACUCCCCAUCGCCGACACUUUCACCGACCAAGAUCCAUCAAUUGUGUCGACAUCGGUCUAGUCGCCAAGAUGCUUAUUCCCAAGGCUGAUCGCAAGGCGAUCCAUGAGUACCUCUUCCGUGAGGGCGUCAUGGUCGCGGCAAAGAACUAUGAGACCACCCACGAGACCGGCAUCCGCAACCUCUUCGUCAUCAAGGCUUGCCAGUCCCUGACCUCGCGUGGCUACGUCAAGACCCAGUUCUCGUGGCAAUACUACUACUACACCCUGACCCCCGAGGGUCUCGACUACCUCCGGGAGUGGCUGCACCUCCCCGCCGAGAUUGUCCCGGCUACCCACAUCAAGCAGCAGCGGUCCCACGCCCCGCCCCGCGGUAUGCUGGGCGAGGAGCGCGGUGAGCGGAGGUUCGGUGGUGGCCGUGGCCGUGGUGGUGACCGUGGUGACCGUGAGGGCGGCUACAGGCGCCGGGAUGCUGGCGAGGGCAAGGAGGGUGGUGCGCCGAGCGACUUUGCUCCCCAGUUCCGUGGCGGUUUCGGCCGUGGCCGUGGUGGCGGCCGUGGUGAGGAGGCCCCUCCCUCGUAAGCGGAUGGCGGAUAAUCUCUCUAUCUCUUGGGUUGCCAGCAACGGCAUAACGGCAUGGCACGACAUGUACUCUACGUCUCAGAGAGUAAUAGGGUCGACCGGCAAUGCACCUACUCGCCAGGACCGUGAGUGGUUUGCGCGUGGAGUUGGUGGUUAGAGAUCAUUCGGAAAACUUCUGCAUUCAGGGUCAUCAUUUACGGUCAAUACGAUUUUUACUCGCACUCGAUUGCUCGUAGUACUUACUGUCGACCGGCCGGUCGCGGGAAUUGAUGAGUUUACGAACAAUCCGAGGGGAGCUUUUUAUCGUUCAGCUGAAGGCACUCGGCCGGUUCCGGAAUGUAGCGAAUCGAGUCGAUGUUGAUACUGA